UCCCAAAAGGCCCUGCGCACGGCCCUUGGCGGCUACGGCAGCCAGUCACGUGAGCGUCCCCGCGAGUCAUGUGCCCACCGGCACGACGUCACGUGAUCACCGGUGCGGGGCGAGAAAACGCACUUGGGGGCGGUGGUCGGUUCCCGCGGAGUCAGUCCUCUGUGGGCCAUGGCCAACGUCUCCAAGAAAGUGUCGUGGUCUGGGCGCGACCGCGACGACGAGGAGGCGGCGCCGCUGCUACGGAGGACGGCGCGGCCGAGCGACGGAACGCCGCUGCUGAACGGGGCCGGGCCCGCCGCGCGCCAGUCAUCUCAUUCUGCAUCUUUCCAAGUCGGUCAGAUGAGUGGUGUGGAGGUGGAUGAGGAGCUCUUGGACCCGGAAGUGGAACCUUCCCAUCCCUUGCCUAAGGAGAUCCCUCACAAUGAAAAGCUUUUGUCCCUCAAGUAUGAGAGUUUGGACUAUGACAACAGCGAGAACCAGCUGUUCUUAGAGGAAGAAAGGCGGAUCAACCACACAGCUUUCCGAACAGUGGAGAUUAAACGCUGGGUCAUAUGUGCCCUCAUCGGGAUCCUCACAGGCCUUGUGGCCUGCUUCAUUGAUAUCGUGGUGGAGAACUUGGCUGGCCUAAAGUAUAGGCUCAUCAAGGACAAUAUCGACAAGUUUACAGAGAAGGGUGGACUGUCCUUCUCUCUCCUCUUGUGGGCCACGCUGAACUCUGCCUUUGUGCUCCUCGGCUCUGUGAUUGUGGCCUUUAUAGAGCCAGUUGCUGCCGGUAGUGGGAUCCCCCAGAUCAAGUGCUUCCUCAACGGGGUGAAGAUCCCCCACGUAGUACGGCUCAAGACACUAGUGAUCAAGGUGUCUGGCGUGAUUCUGUCUGUGGUAGGAGGACUGGCAGUUGGAAAGGAAGGGCCAAUGAUCCACUCUGGAUCAGUGAUUGCUGCUGGGAUCUCCCAGGGAAGAUCGACAUCACUGAAGCGAGAUUUCAAGAUCUUUGAGUACUUCCGCAGAGACACAGAGAAGCGAGACUUUGUCUCAGCAGGAGCUGCAGCUGGAGUGUCUGCUGCAUUUGGAGCCCCCGUGGGUGGAGUGCUUUUCAGCUUGGAGGAAGGAGCUUCCUUCUGGAACCAGUUCCUGACAUGGAGGAUUUUCUUUGCUUCCAUGAUUUCUACCUUCACUCUGAAUUUUGUUCUGAGCAUUUACCAUGGAAAUGUGUGGGACUUGUCCAGUCCAGGCCUCAUCAACUUUGGAAGAUUUGACUCUGAGAAAAUGGCCUACACCAUCCAUGAGAUUCCCGUCUUCAUCGCCAUGGGCGUGGUGGGUGGCAUUCUUGGAGCUGUGUUUAACGCCUUGAAUUACUGGCUGACGAUGUUUCGAAUCAGGUACAUCCACCGGCCCUGCCUACAGGUGAUUGAGGCCAUCCUGGUGGCCGCUGUCACAGCUACCGUUGCCUUUGUGUUGAUUUAUUCCUCACGAGACUGCCAGCCUCUGCAGGGGAACUCCAUGUCCUACCCGCUUCAGCUCUUCUGUGCAGAUGGCGAGUACAACUCUAUGGCUGCAGCCUUUUUCAACACCCCAGAGAAGAGUGUGGUGAGCCUCUUCCAUGACCCACCUGGCUCCUACAAUCCCAUGACCCUGGGCCUAUUCACCCUGGUCUACUUCUUCCUGGCCUGUUGGACCUACGGACUCACUGUGUCUGCUGGUGUCUUCAUCCCAUCUCUACUCAUUGGGGCUGCCUGGGGCCGGCUUUUCGGCAUCUCCUUGUCUUACCUUACAGGAGCAGCAAUCUGGGCAGACCCUGGCAAGUAUGCCCUGAUGGGAGCUGCUGCCCAGCUUGGUGGCAUUGUGAGAAUGACCCUGAGCCUGACAGUCAUCAUGAUGGAGGCUACAAGCAAUGUGACCUACGGCUUCCCUAUCAUGCUGGUGCUGAUGACUGCCAAGAUUGUGGGCGAUGUCUUCAUUGAGGGUCUGUAUGACAUGCACAUCCAGCUGCAGAGUGUGCCCUUCCUGCACUGGGAGGCUCCCGUCACCUCACACUCACUCACUGCUAGGGAGGUAAUGAGCACACCGGUGACAUGCCUAAGGAGGAGAGAGAAGGUGGGUGUCAUUGUGGAUGUCCUCAGCAACACAGCAUCCAACCACAAUGGCUUCCCUGUGGUAGAGGAUUCAGACAACACUCAGCCAGCCCGACUCCAGGGUUUGAUCUUGCGCUCCCAGCUCAUCGUGCUCCUGAAGCACAAGGUGUUUGUGGAGAGAUCCAACAUGGGCCUGGUGCAACGGCGACUGCGGCUGAAGGACUUUCGUGAUGCCUACCCACGCUUCCCACCAAUCCAGUCCAUCCAUGUGUCACAGGAUGAGCGCGAGUGCACCAUGGACCUGUCCGAAUUCAUGAACCCCUCCCCUUACACUGUGCCCCAGGAGGCCUCCCUCCCUCGGGUGUUCAAACUGUUCCGUGCUCUGGGUCUACGACAUCUGGUGGUGGUGGACAAUUGCAAUCAGGUGGUGGGGCUGGUGACCAGGAAGGACCUAGCCAGGUAUCGUCUGGGGAAGGGAGGCCUGGAGGAGCUCUCGCUGGCCCAGACAUGAGGGUGAGGCCUUUCCUUGGUGGGCAGUGGCACCCCCGCCAACUCCCAGGCUCCCUGAUCUCAGCCAAAGGUGUGGUGGCUAGAGCAAAUGUCCUCCAGAGUGGGCCUGAUGGCAUGUACCUGACCCUCAUCAUGGACAGUUGGUUUGCAUCUUCUGUCCUUCCCUUGGCCCUCAGGCCUCACCCCCUGCCCCUUAGGGGUUUGAUCACUUGUGUGCAGCAACAAACAGCACCCCCUGUUUCCCCAGAGAGAGCAAGGGGGGCCAAUGUGUGUGGCAGGUGAACUGUGCCCUGCACCCUGUCACUGCUUCUGUAUUGUUUCCCAUGGGUACUUGCCCUACCAGGCCACACUUGCCUGCAACACCAGCAGGAGGCUCAGGCUACGCAGGAGCUGGCUUACCCUUCUCAGCCAACAUGCCCUGACCCAUCUCUCUGGGCAUCCACAGCCUGAGGUUCCUGGGCCUGAGGUAUGGCUCCAGCUGGAGCAGUCAGGGCCUGCAGCUGACUCCAUGGAGCCCCACUUGGACAGAGGACACGUGAAAUGUGCUCUCUGCCAGGGUCUCAAGAGCUGAGAAUCACCUAAGUACCUGACACCUGAUUCUGCCACACCUUGAGCCUUCUGGAGCUGGGCCCACUAUUCCUGUGGACAGAAGUUGAGAAAGUAGGGUUAUCCUCCACACCGGAAGACCAUGGCAUCAGUUGUGACUUCCCUUCUGACUGAGACAGCCAUAAAAUACAAACAUUACUGGGGGUGGCUUUUGGCCUCACAGGAAACCUAGGCCCAGCUCUGGGUAGCUUUGGACAGACUGGUGAGCUCUGGGUCCAGGAAGCCAUGCCUGCCUACCCACAGUUUGUCAGAGCUCCUAACUGGACUAGGCUAGAUCUGGUGUAUCUUGGUCACCACAGCCCCUUCCCACAGGACACUUUGUAGGACACUUUUCUGUCAUACAGCUGCACAAGACUGGCAGAUGUGUGGAGGCUGGCAAAUUUGCCCAGUGGUCCCAUCCCCCAGGACACACCUUCUGCUCUGCUCCUAUGGGAAUGUAGGACAGAGUACACUGGAUUCUGGGUAUGAGAAAUAAAGGACUUGAACACAGCUGACCAGUGCAGCCUCCUGGUUCCACCCGGCCUGGAUGUGGGUCUGAGACUUGGGGGCUAAUCAGAUGGUAGUGGGUAUGUAGGACUGGGCCUUCUGUGAACUGCUGCAGCCCAUGGUAGUACCCCAAAGAACACCAUACCACACACAGGCCCUAUAGGACAGAAGUUCAAGAUAGGUCUGCCACUUCACCUGACUUUCCAACCCUGUACCCAUCCCAGUCUCUGUCCCUCCUCACCCACCUAUCUGGCUCCCCUUCCAUGUCUCUGCUCAUCAUAACCCUGUUCUUCUGUCUGGCUCCUCUUUCUAGUUCUUUUCUAGUUUCCACUGAUAGUUCAACCAUCCCCAACAGAUUGGAUAUAGUCAGUUGUCAGGACUGAGGUUUUCUCACAGCCUGAUCUGGUUAUUUAUGGGGAGGGCUGAGACAAGGGACAGGUAAAGCAUGAGGCAGCCCUGGUUAGGUGCAGGUUCCUCUUCUCUUACAUGACCAGAUCUCAGUUAUCUUACUGUUUUUCUUGGUGCUCUGGUGGGGAAGGGUUGUGUUAGAGUUGGACCAAAGGGCAUGAAAAACUACACCAGGCCUCAAAAGACAUGGUACCAAAAAAGCAUGUACAAUCUCUGUUUCACAGUUAU